AUGGCAUCUCAAAACGAGAGAUUUGCUAAGGAUGAGAAGAGGGAGGUACUAGAUACGGUGGCACAGAAUGCUGGAGUGUUUUCGUUGUCACUGAGAUCGACGACUUCUUUGGUUUCAAAUCAGCAUCACAUAGUUGGCAUCAGGCAUGUCCGCACUCACUCGGGGAAGCUCGAGCGAGUGAUGCAAUGUAGUCUUGAUGGACUGUGCACUUUGGGAGAAUUUCUUAAUACUCGAUCGAGUUCGUGCCUUGAUAGAAGUGACCCAAACUAUAAUAGUGGCGAGCAGGAAUCUUAUCAUCUAGAAGGUGCUACCAUUUUCAACCCAUUGGAUGACUAUAAAAAGUCUGUGACUACAAUUAUCAAGGAAUACUUCAACAUUGGAGAUGUGGACUUGGUAGCCUCUGAUCUAAAAAGCCUCGAGUCCAAUGAGCACCAUCCCUACUUUGUUAAGAAGCUUGUGUCCAUGGCUAUGGAUAGACAUGACAGAGAGAAAGAGAUGGCCUCAAUUUUGCUAUCAACCUUAUAUGCUAGUGUGAUAAGCUCUACUCAAAUUAGCCAAGGCUUUGUUAUGCUUCUUGAAUCCGCAGAUGAUUUGGUGAUUGACAUACUUGAUGCAGUUGAUAUCUUAGCUCUCUUCAUAGCCCGUGCAAUUGUUGAUGAAAUACUACCUCCAGCUUUUCUUCUUCGAGCAAAGAGAACAUUGUUCAUGUCCUCUUUAGGGCUUCUAAUUUUACAAACCACUGAAAAAAAAUAUCUAUCAGUUCCACACCAUGCAGAGUUUGUUCAACAACGAUGGGGUGGUAGUACCCAUGCCACUGUUGAAGUAGUUAAGAAAAAGAUUUUAGACCUAUUGAGAGAAUAUAUUCAGAGUGGAGAUGUGAAAAAAGCCUGCAGGUGUAUUAAGGACCUAGAAGUUUCAUUCUACCAUCAUGAGGUUGUGAAACAGGCUUUGAUCCUUGCCAUGGAGAUAAAGACUUCAGAGAAACUGAUAUUGAAGCUACUAAAAGAAGCUACUGAAGAAUGUCUAAUCAGUUCUUGUCAGAUGUUGAAAGGAUUUUCCCGAAUCAUUGAUAGUCUCGAUGAUUUGACACUUGAUAUUCCCUUAACCAAAGAUACCUUUCAGUUACUAGUUCCAAAAGCAAUCUCUGAAGGAUGGCUUGAUUCUUCAUUCUUGGUCACAUUUUCUAAUGCAGCUGGCGAAAAUAGACAUGAGAAUGAGAAGAAGUUAAGGCAUUUUAAGGAAGAAUCUAUAAAGAUAAUUUGUGAGUAUUUUUUGUCAGAUGAUAUACCUGAGCUUAUCAAAAGCCUUAAAGAUCUUGCUGCUCUAGAAUACAAUCCUAUUUUCCUCAAAAAAUUGAUAAGACUUGCAAUGGAUAGGACAAUUAGAAAAAAGGAAAUGACUUCUAUUCUCCUAUUUGAACUUCAUCUUGAGGUCUUCUCAAGCGAAGAUUUUGUGAAUGGAUUUAUAAUGCUUUUGGAGUCUGUGGAGGACACUAGACUAGACAUUUUAGAUGUCUCAAAUGAGCUAGCUUUUUUCCUAGCUAGAGCAGUGAUUGAUGAGGUAUUGGUCCCAUUCGAUUUAGAUGAAAUUAAUAGUAAGCUCCCACGCAAUUGCAGUGGUAGAGAAGUUGUUCGGAUGGCUCGCUCACUUAUUUCUGCACGUCAUGGUGGAGAGAGGAUACUAAGAUGCUGGGGUGGUGGCAUCGGUUGGGCAUUGGAGGAUGUAAAGGACAAAAUUGCAAAACUUCUAGAAGAAUAUGAGAGUGGAGGUGAUCUAAGGGAAGCUUGUCAUUGCAUUCGUAACCUUGCUAUGCCUUUCUUCAAUCAUGAAGUAGUAAAGAGAACUUUGGUUAUGGCAAUGGAAAAGAAAAAUGAUGGCCUCCUAUUUCUACUAGAAGAGUGCUAUGGUGAAGGGUUGAUUACCAUCAAUCAGAUGACAAAAGGCUUCUCUAGGGUCAGAGAUGGCCUAGAUGAUCUAGCCCUUGAUAUCCCAAAUGCAGGACAAAGUUUUGACUUAUAUGUAGAGCAUGCCAUGAAGCAUGGAUGGCUCUUACCAUCCUUCAAUGCUGGUACACUAUAGUCUC